AUGUCGUAGGCACCAGGCAAGACCGUUCAGUCCACAACCAACGCCAGAUUUACCCAAAAUCAGAGUCGAUGACGCUCCACCAUUCGCGAACACUGGAUUAGAUUUUUGGGUCCGUUGUAUAUUACCGAAAAGAACGCAACGAAAGGGACUUCAUCCUCCAAGGUUCAUGUCUGUUUAUUUACAUGUGCCGCAACUCGGGCAGUACACCUUGAAUUGACUCGAGCUCUUAGUACUCAAGCAUUCCGGCUGAGUUUUCGACGUUUCGUGAGCCGGCGGGGUUUACCUUCGGUUUUGAUAUCCGACAACGCGACGACGUUCAAAUCUGCGUCCAAGGACGUGGAACGGAUUUGUAGAUCCAAGGAAGUUCAGGACUUUCUCGUAGGUCGAGGCGUGACAUGGCAAUAUAUCGUGGAAAGAGCCCCUUGGUGGGGUGGUUUUUGGGAACGACUCGUGCGAAGUGUUAGGAUUGUUCUCAAGAAAAUCCUGGGGCGAACGACUCUCGAUUAUGACAAACUGUUAACUGUGCUUAUAGAAAUUGAAGGAAUAAUAAACGCACGGCCAAUAACUUACGUUUACGACGACGAAGAAUCGGUUUCCUAUGCGCUCUCACCGUCGCAAUUAAUUAACGGACGACGUAUUUGUUCAAGACCAAACAGCCAACAUUACGAGAUCGUUAGCACAAACGCAUCGUUAACCAAAAGAGCCAGGCGUCACAAGCAGAUCUUGUGUCAGUUUACAACGCGUUGGCGAAAGGAAUAUUUGAGGAAUUUACGCGAGAUUGCACAAGUGAACGGGCUACGUCAAAAAACGGAACAGCUUAAGGAAGGCGAUAUCGUUAUAGUUAAGAAUGACAAAACGAACAGGAAUUUCUGGCGACUCGGAAAGAUGGAGGAACUCAUAUCAGGCGAUGAUGGAAUGGUUCGUGCGGCCAAGGUCAGGGUUAGUAACGAGAACGGAAAAUCGGACAUGUUAAGAAGGUCUAUUCAACAUCUAGUGCCUCUCGAAGUUAGUCAAGAUUCCAACGUAGACGAGAUCAAACGGAACCAAAAUGAGAAAUUGGCGGUUGUGGAAGAUUCAAGAGAAAACCGCGGUCGACCUCAACGUGCAGCAGCGAUUGCCAAUGAACUUUUAAGAGGAGAACUCUUGAAGAAUAAGUUACUUUAA